GUCGAUGGCAAGGAAUUUUUAGUGACAAGCCAUCUACAUGAGAUUCUCGUCUACUUAAGACAUCCGUACGAUCAAUACACCAUCCGGAUCGAUGCCGUUUGCAUUAAUCAACAAUAUAUGGAAGAGAAGACACAUCAAGUCCGCUAUAUGAAAGACAUCUACUCUGGAGCUGAAAGCACACUAAUCUGGCUGGGU